CCUCUCUUCCUUUGCUCUUUAUACUGUUACUUCUUCAAUCUGUUUGACCCCCUCUCUGACUUUGACCUCCACACACACGCACUUUCUAUGUUGUAAAUGGUUAACACACGUUGUGGUUGUUGUUGGAGAUGGUAAUGGUGGUGUUUCUCAUGUCAACUCUCUCUACUUGCUACUAUAUUUAUUAGUUUUUGGUGUUUUAUUGGCUUAUUCAUAUGGUAGUUGUAACCUCGGCAGUGUAACACGGAACAAAAACCAUGUUUCAUUCGGCGAGUGUUCAACAAGAACAUGGUCUUGUCCAUGAUUUUGUAUCCCAUAUUGGUCGAUUUGCCUUUGAUUCCAGGUUCUUCACCUUUGGCUCUGAUAAUUUAUCAAAUUACUUGCACUUCAAUGUAACAAAGCAAAGUGUGUGUUCUGCUGCUUCUCUUAGCUUGAAACUUGGAGGCAGAGGGGAUUCAAAUUUGAAUUUCAGGAGGUUUUUUAAUGAUUUCAACACAGCUAUUAGGUUCCACACUCAGAAAUUGCCAAUUGGAUUUGAUUCUCCCAUACUUGAUUCUGGGGAUAACAAUCACUGUAACAAUGGUAAUACUCUUGAUGAGUGUGAUGUUAUUCAGGACGAUAGAGGGACAUUGAGUGGUGUUGAUCCUCAGAAGCCAAAAAAGGUUUUGAUUUUGAUGAGUGACACUGGUGGGGGUCACAGAGCUUCUGCAGAAGCUAUAAGGGCUGCUUUCUAUGAAGAAUUUGGGGACCAAUACCAGGUAUUUGUUGUUGACUUGUGGACUGAGCACACCCCUUGGCCAUUCAAUCAACUUCCUCGGACAUAUAGCUUUCUGGUGAAACAUGGAUCAUUGUGGAAAAUGACCUAUUAUGGAACUGCUCCGCGUGUGGUGCACCAGUCAAAUUUUGCUGCAACUUCAACAUUUAUAGCUCGUGAGGUUGCCAAGGGGCUAAUGAAAUAUCAGCCAUAUAUAAUAAUCAGUGUUCACCCAUUGAUGCAACAUGUUCCUCUUCGAAUUUUGAGAGCAAAGGGUCUUUUAAACAAGAUUAUCUUUACAACGGUUGUCACAGAUUUAAGUACUUGCCAUCCUACUUGGUUUCAUAAGCUUGUAACUCGAUGCUAUUGUCCGACCACAGACCUUGCGAAAAGGGCGCUCAAAGCUGGACUCCAGCAAUCACAGAUAAAGAUUUUCGGUCUACCAGUUCGACCUUCCUUUGUUAAGCCUGUUCAAUCAAAGGAUGAACUUAGGAAAGCCUUAAGCAUGGAUGAGGAUCUUCCUGCUGUACUACUAAUGGGGGGAGGUGAAGGUAUGGGUCCCAUUGAGGCUACUGCUAAGGCACUUGGAGAUAUGUUGUAUGAUAAGAGCAGUGAGGCUCCCAUUGGUCAAAUACUUGUUAUUUGUGGACGUAAUCAGAAGCUUGCUGACAAAUUGGCUUCAAUUAAUUGGAAGGUUCCUGUGCAGGUAAAGGGAUUUGUCAGCAAAAUGGAGGAAUGCAUGGGAGCUUGUGAUUGCAUCAUUACAAAGGCCGGCCCGGGGACAAUUGCCGAGGCCAUGAUCCGAGGCCUCCCUAUCAUUUUGAAUGGUUAUAUUGCUGGCCAGGAAGCUGGGAAUGUACCCUACGUAGUUGAAAAUGGAUUCGGCAAGUUCUCAAAAUCUCCGAAGAAGAUAGCUAAAAUUGUAGCUGAGUGGUUCGGUCCACAAGCAGAGGAACUAAAAACUAUGUCUCAAAAGGCGUUGAUGUUUGCACGGCCUGAUGCUGUGUUCAAGAUUGUUCAUGACCUUGAUGAACUUGUGAGGCAAAGAAGUUCUUUGCCACACUACUCAUUUACCCCUUAAAUAUCAACACUCUUAUCCAAUCCUCAUAUAUUUGUAUCAUUGUUUAGAAUGCUAAUUUGAAAAUAAAUUCAUAGUUUUGAGCGUCA